CUUUUCGUGUCGAUUCGAUUUCAAACUAGGAGGUGUUGUUCUCUUUCAGGGCUCUACUUAAACCACCACAUGUCACCGUUCACAGUCGGAAUCUUCUCUAGCCUCCUCUCUCUCUGACUCUCUCUCUCUCUCUCUCGGGUCUCUCCUUUCCUUCCUAUUUGAGUCGUUAUAACCGCAUAAAAAAAUUAAAAAUUAAUAUUAAAGCACGCCAUCUCCCGGCGAAUCCGCUGAAUCCCAGCACACCUCUCCAUCUUAAAGAUUUCCCCCCUUUCGAAUCCCAAUCCCUCUCUCUCUCUCUCUCUCUCUCUCUCUCUCUCUUCCUUUUUUUCUUUCUCCGUUAAGUUUAACCUCUCAAACCCCAAAACCCCUCCCCAAAUCCCAAGACCCCGGAGAAGAACUCGGUCGGGACCAGUGGGAGGAGGACGACGGGGAGGGUUUGGAGAUGGCGAUGUCGACGGCGGCCGGGGGCGGCGGCGGAGGCGGAGGGAAGGGGCGGAGGGCGGCGGAGAUGAGGGUGGCGAUGGAGGAGAUGGCGAAGAAGCUGACGCUGUGGCACACCCGCACCUUCCGCCCCAUCCUCACCCACGACGAGCUCGAGCCCAUCAUGUCCUCCGUCGGCUUCGUCCCCCUCCCCGUCGCGCCGCCGCCGCCGCAGCCCCCUGCUCAGCCGUCGUCGGCGGUGGCGUGGAGGGAGUACGCUUUCCGCGCGGCGGCGCGGGGCGGGGGCUGGGCGCCGCCGCGUCCGCGCUUGCCGUAUCCGAGGGUCGACGGGCUCCACCUGAUGACGUACAAGGCCUUCUUCGUCGCCCUCGAGUUCUAUCUCGGCCCUCACCUAGUCCCCAACCUCUUCCACGUCAGGGCCAUGCCGCUUUCUAGGGCAAAUGAUCUAGCUUUCGAUAAAGCCUAUCGACCCAUGAGAGACUGUGGGAUUGAGGAAGAUGGCAUAUUUGUCUAUCGUGAAGGCACUUUGGAUAACUUUACUAAGAUGGUAUGUUAUCACAGCAGCAGCAGUGAUGACAGCGUGAGCGCUAUGAGCACUACUACUAGCAACAAUGGCAGUGAAGCCUGCUACAAGAAAAACAGUAGCAACAGGGGAGAUGGCAACAAUGCUUCGAAUUUUAUCUCUUUAGUUCCCUUGAAAGAUCUGUUCCCAAGUACAGAUAUUGUUAGCUUGAGUUGAUUGUCGAGUUCAAUAAAGAUUAGGAUUCUGUUACUUGGAUAUCUUUUCUUCUUUUUUUUUUUUGGCCGUUGAUAUUUUUGCUGAGUUUUCAACUUUAUUUGAGUAGCUAUCGGUAGGGAAGGUUUUGCUCGCAUCAGGUUUUGAUUGGAGAAAUUUUUUGAGUUUAAUGAAGAGUGUAAUUUUAAGGCAGUGAACAGGUUCUUUAGAAUCUUCAUUGUAUAUCAUUAUAAUGUUGCUUUUUCCUUCUCCCCACAUGAUUAUCAUAGGAAAUUAAGGCAGCGAGCCUCUCGA